AUGGCCACCGACCUCGCUAAGAUAACUCCUCCCCGCGAUCUCUCCGAUGCUCAGAAAGCCCUCGUCUUCGAGCACUUCUUUCGACGUCUCGCAACCUAUCGCAAUACCGCCGUAAUUUAUGCCAUCCUUGACGACACCAAUGUCACUGAGUUUGAGGCGUCUCUCAAUGUCUGGGGUCAGUCGCUCCUCGAAAAGGCUUGGCUCGUCUGUCGCGGCGACGAUACAGACAAGUUGCCCCCACAAGAGGACAUUGCAAAAAUACUCAAUACUAUCUUAUUCUUGGAUAUCACUGCCUCUACGCAGUACUCAGCGCGCACCCGUGUCUUUCUGGCAUCUCUAGGUCCGUUGGACGAGUCCGCCAUCGUGGCAGCCUUGAAGAAUCCCGAUCACAUUAUAGAUGAAGCACAGAAGCAGGCAGAGACCUCGAGACGCUCACAUGCCGACAAAGGAAAGACCCUGCGGAUAGUUGGGAUGGGCGUCGGUGCGGUGGCUGGCGGCAUCUUGCUGGGGGUUACCGGCGGUUUGGCUGCUCCUCUCGUCGGGGCAGGAGUUACGACUGUCCUGGGUUGGCUCGGCAUGGGAGGUUCUGUUAUAGGAUUGCUCGCAAGUGGUUUGGCAGGCUCUUCGGUCGUUUGCGGCGCCUUGUUUGGCGUCUAUGGUGCAAGGUCGACUGCUAGCAUGGUGGAGCGUCAUACAAAAGAUGUCAGCGAUCUCGCUUUGGUGCCCAUUCGCAGUGGCAAGGAUGAAGGAAAUAGUGACACCUUGGGCGUGAGGCUCUGCGUCAGUGGGUGGUUAGACAGUCCGGAAGAUGUCACGGCACCAUGGCGUGUACUCGAGGGAGACGACACAUAUGCCCUCCAAUGGGAAAUGAACGCACUCCAGGAGUUGUCGGACGCCAUGUCGACACUGGUCAAGUCGCAGGCAAUGAAUUACGUGAAGGCACAAGUGAUCAAGAGAACGGUGUUUGCAACCCUGAUGAAUUCAUUGGCCCCAUUGGCAUUGCUACGAAUAGGACAGAUUAUUGACAACCCGUGGAUGAAUGCGAGAGCACUGGCGAUCAAAACUGGAGCUGUAUUGGGGGACAUGCUCGCGAACCGGGUGUUCGGAAAUCGACCUGUGACAUUGACGGGUUACUCGCUUGGUGCACUGGUGAUCUACGAGGCGCUGCAACAUCUAGCUCGACUGCCGCCGUCGCAAACGCGCGACCUGAUCGAGGACGUGUUUCUGUUUGGCACGCCCGUGGGUGCGGAUGGGCGCAAAUGGACUAGUGUGCGGCGGGUGGUGUCGGGGAGACUGGUGAAUGGAUAUGCUCGCGACGACUACGUGUUGGGAGUGCUGUGCCGGGCAUCGGAGGCGACGUGGGAGGUGGCGGGGCUGGAAGAAAUAGACGCAAAGGGCGUUGAGAACAUGUGUUGUGAAGGAGUAGAGGGGGACAGAAUGUGGCGCACCAUUGCUGCCAAAUAUGUACCUCGCACUCUAACUCCUCUAAAUGCUCUCGUCGGCGGCCUCGCUAUUCCUGUCGCUGCACACGAGCUUCUUCUUCUCAAUGGCAAUGUAUACGGAAUAUCUGGCUUCAUUCACCGUGCAAUCAAGGGCAGCACAGAAGCCAUGGCUGGCGUCGCCGGUCUCGUUCUCGGUGGUGCUCUAGUGGCCAGGAUGGAAGGUCACGGUCCCGCAUCUUUAUCUUUGGCUUUUCCCAAGGUCUUGGUUUCUGGUUUUUUGGUCGGACUGGGAACAAAGAUGGCCAACGGCUGCACAUCUGGACAUAUGGUAUGCGGGAUAUCGCGUUUCUCCAUAAGGUCGAUAGUCGCGACCGCCACGUUUUUCACUGUUGGCGUCUUAACCACACAACUCAUCCAUCAAGAUUUUCCCGCAGCUGGCCCAACAAACUGGUCCAUCGGCGCGGAGGGCUACAGACUGUUGGCUCUUCAGGCCAUUCCCUUGUCUUUGUCUGUGCUUUUGUAUGCGUUGAACUCGUACCCCGAAGUAGAGAAUCCCGCCACCGACGCCAAUUCAAAGAAAGAAAACGUUGACGGUAUCAAUGUAUACCCCGGCCUGCGUAUCCUGGCAUAUUUAACGACAAGCGUGCAAUUCGCCUUUGCACUGCGCCUUUCCAAUCUGAGCGAGGCAUCUCGCGUGAUCUCCUUUCUCCUCCUCCCCUUCCAUUCCGCGUUCGACCCUUCCCUUGCCCUCGUCGGCGCUGGUGCGCUGGGCUUGGGCAUCCCCCUCUAUCGUUACUUUCGUGGCAACGAGCGCCCACGCCUUGGUGGUAAAUGGGCAAUUCCUAAAGGUGGUAAGAUCGACUCGCGGCUUCUGAUAGGAUCGACUAUCUUCGGUGUUGGCUGGGGGAUGGCGGGUAUUUGCCCUGGUCCAGGUUUGGUAAACUUCGGGCGCGCUUUGGGAUCUGGAGGCCAAGCUCUCGCACCGUAUGCUGGUUGGCUCGCGUCCAUGGUUAUUGGCGGUUUAUUUGCCUGA